UCCUGCAUAAACAUUAGUUAUCCUCACAGUUACAGCAAAUGUACGCCUAAUGCACAAUAAUAAAUUAUGUUCUAAAUACUCCUUCAAGGCUACGCAGGAGCUUGCCCCUUUUCACACAGUACAACUUCGUGCACGCACCGUACCUAUGUACCUAUUUCUCAAAUAAUACAAUCACUUGUGAGUACUAUAUAUAUCACCUAGUUAAAUUGAACAACGCAAACCAAAACGUACUCACUACUACGGGUGGCAAGCAAUUCAGAGGAGGGCCUGACCAAACAUGGCCAUCCCCAAAGCUUCACUCCUUGCCAUUCUCGGCUGUCUCUUCUUUAGUUCUGUCCUCGCAGCUCGUGAGCUGAAUGACGACUUAUCCAUGGUAGCGAGGCACGAGGAUUGGAUGGUAAAGUAUGGCCGCGUCUAUAAUGAUGCUGUUGAGAAGGCGCAGAGGUUCGAGAUAUUCAAGACUAAUGCUCGAUUCAUCGACUCAUUCAACGCUAGUGGUGGCAAGUUCUGGCUCAGCAUCAACCAAUUUGCUGACAUCAGCAAUGGUGAGUUCAGGGCAACCAAGACUAACAAGGGGUACAUUUCAAGCACGCUGAAGGUUCCUACGGGAUUCAGGUAUGAGAAUAUGAGUCUUGAUGCACUCCCGCCAACGGUGGACUGGAGGACAAAGGGUGCAGUUACCCCCGUCAAGAAUCAAGGCCAAUGUGGUUGUUGUUGGGCCUUUUCUGCUGUUGCUGCAACAGAGGGCGUUGUGAAGCUAAGUACUGGCAACCUUAUCUCGCUCUCGGAGCAAGAAUUGGUGGAUUGUGAUGUUCACGGUGAGGACCAGGGUUGCGAGGGCGGACUCAUGGAUGACGCUUUCAAGUUCAUUAUCAAGAAUGGAGGCCUCACUAAGGAGUCUAGCUAUCCAUAUUCCGCGACAGACGGCAAGUGCAAGAGUGGUACUAGCAGUGCUGCAGUGAUUAAGAGCUACGAGGAUGUGCCUACCAAUGAUGAAGGUGCCCUCAUGAAGGCAGUGGCAAGCCAACCUGUGUCAGUUGCCGUAGAUGGAGGAGACAUGAUAUUCCAAUUUUACUCUGGUGGUGUGAUGACUGGUUCCUGUGGUACUGAUUUGGAUCAUGGGAUUGCAGCCAUCGGCUAUGGUACAACAGAUGAUGGUACAAAGUAUUGGUUGCUGAAGAAUUCUUGGGGCACAACAUGGGGCGAGAAUGGAUUCUUAAGAAUGGAAAAGGACAUUAGUGAUAAGAAGGGCAUGUGCGGCCUUGCCAUGGAGCCCUCUUACCCCACGGCUUAGUUAGGCCAUGAAAUGCCACAUAUUUGAACAAAUACACUAGAUUGAAUAAAUGUAUGUCUCUUGUUCUACGGUUGUAUGUCCAUAUGUAUCUGCUUGUAC